AUGGGAACUGUGCCCCAGAGUGACACCAGGCUCUGCCCUGCUGCUGGUGGCCCGCACAAAGCAGGCGCUGAGUGUCUCUUGGCUGAGGAGCUGACACUUCAGUACCCAGACAUUGAGGUGAGAUGGGUGGCAGCAGAUCUGGGCACAGCAGACGGGGUGAAGAAGACGGUGCAAGCUGCACAGGAGCUGAACGGACGGGACACAGCACAAAGGAUCCUCAUUAUCAAUAACGCAGGGUCUCUGGGUGAUAUUACCAAACCUUUUGUGGACUUCACGGACCCUCCAGAAGUGGACAGAUAUUUCACCUUCAAUGUGUCAUCAGCACUGUGUCUGACCUCUUCCCUGCUGAAGGUUUUCCAGGGACGUGCUGGGCUGGAGCGGCUGGUGGUCAAUGUCUCAUCUCUGGCAGCCCUGCAACCAUUCAAGUCCUGGACGCUGUACUGCACUGGAAAAGCAGCUCGGGAUAUGAUGUUCAGGGUGCUGGCCAAGGAGGAGACAGAUGUCCGCGUACUCAACUACGCACCAGGGCCCAUGAAUAGCGCCAUGCAGGACCAGGUGCAGAGUCACACAGCAGAUUUGGAGGUCCGCCAUCAUUUCAUUGAAAUGAAGAAAAGAGGAGAACUUCUUGACUGUCAUGUCUCCGCCAGGAAAAUGCUGGACAUUCUCGAGAAAGAUGCCUUCAGAUCUGGCGAGCAUGUGGAUUUUUUCGAUUAG